GUUAGACACGGUUUCGCUAAGGUCCGCGGCGGUCGGGAUUAAAGUCCGCGCGACUUUGUACCUAUGUACGCCGGGCGCCUCCGGCAGCUACGUGUCCUGCCGCCGCCCCACCCCCCACCACACCACCGGUACCGCGUACCUAUUAUUUUUCAAUUUUUUUUCUCGCGCGUUCAUUUCGUGCCAUCUCGUUUUCUCGCGCCGCGGGUAGCCAAUACCGUUUGAUAUUCCCAUCGAAACACCCGCCGACCCGCCUGCCUUCGACUAUUUCGCAGGUGCGAUGGAUGGGCAGGCACACGCGCCGUCUCCGUGACACGAUCGACAGAGCCCGCGGUAGUGGUUGUUGGCAGAACUGUUGCGCGUCGACGCGGACGACCGGACGACGACGGCAGGCGACGCUUCCUCCGCUCACACUGUAGACGGAAUAGAGAACAGAAAAAAAAAAAAAAACAAUAUCGCGUAGGCGUUGGUACGUACCGCUGAAUUGCGGAAUCAGUAAAUAUAUCGUACGCGGCACACGCACAAUAGGGUGGGCGUAAACCGUCGCUUUUCUUAUCAUAUCGGACACGGUACGCGUUCGGAUAACAGUAUUAACGUAACAACGUCGUCCGUUCGUGUAACGUAUCGCGGCGGAGAACGUAGGAAAAAAAAAAAAACACAACAACUGCGAAUUAUUCUAUAUUAUGAUACCGUGAGUGGUGCACCGUUCGACCGCUUCAACAGAAGUUUUUUGACGACGCACGCACAGACGUACCUAUGCGUCAUAUGCCGUUGGAGAUCGAUCGGGACCGGCGUUUUUCCGAAUAAUUGACUACCGCAGCCGCUCGCGCGUUCGGUUCCGGUCCGAUUUUCGUCGUCCGUAACACGACCGCACUUUGGCCAUCCGGACGCCGCCGGCGCACCGUCGCAGUGCCGUUAUCGAGACGGCCGUCGAUCGUCUUGCGCGUACGCCACGGACACCAGUGUCCGUCACAAUCCGAACGCAAUGCUUGUAAGUAUCAACAGCCGCGGUAUUGUCCUCGCCGUGUGCGUGAGCUGUUCACAUUAUAAUAAUAAUAAUAAUAUACUUUUCACUACCUAUGUGUUUUUUUUUUUUUUUUUUUCCGUUUUUCCGUUUUUCCAGUCCGAUGAGUUCGACACGGAAGACAACAACUCUCAGAGUGAUUUGGUAAACGAAGAUACUUUAAAUGAAGUACUUAGUUUUCACAUUUUAUACCUUGCGUACGUUUUUCAAUUUGUUAAUGUGUACAAAUUUGUAUUUUCCAUCAACAGGGUAGUAAUUCUGAAAAUGUGGAUUUGAGUGAUAAUUCACUUCAAGUGGUUAUUUCUGACGCGUUAAGUGAGAAGGACAGAGUCAAGUUCACCGUUUUGUCAAAGGUGAGAUGUGUAUAUAGGUGAAAGGGGUGACCCGUGUAAAUGUAAUCGUUAAUAAUAACUAAAUUAUAAUUGUGGUUUAGACUACACUGCCGGAUUUCCAAAGAUCUGAAUUUUCGGUUGUACGACAGCACGAAGAAUUCAUCUGGCUACAUGACCAGUUUGAAGAAAACGAAGAUUAUGCCGGUUACAUAGUUAGUAUAGAAAUAUAUAUGUAUAUUAUGUAAAUGUAUUAAUUUGCAUACUUAAUUAUAGCAAUGAAUAAUAAGGAAUACUUUUAAUGCAAUUUUGUGUCAUGAUACUUGUGGUUAUUAUACUAAUUACUUUUUAUUUAUAUUCUCUAGAUACCGCCAGCUCCGCCUCGGCCAGACUUUGAUUCAUCACGAGAAAAAUUACAAAGACUUGGCGAUGGUGAGGGAUCGGUUACAAAAGAAGAAUUUUUAAAAAUGAAAAAAGAAUUGGAAGCGUAAAUAAAACAAUUUAUUUGAAUAGCCUACCUUCUAUGUUUUCAUACAGAAUACAGAUUUUUUAAAUUUAUUUGUGUUUUUAGUGAGUAUUUAGCUACAUUUAAAAAAACAGUUGCUAUGCAUGAAAUGUUCCUAUCAAGACUUGCUCAGCACCCUGUAUUUCGUUAUGAUACAAAUUUUCGAGUAUUUUUAGAAUACGACCAAGAUUUGUCAGUUCGUACUAAAAACAAAAAAGAACUUUUUGAGGUAAACAUUAAUAUUAAAACUAUCUUUUUACAUAAAUAUAAUUUGUAAUUUUAUUAACUUAAGGAAAUCAUGAAAACAUUGUCCAAGACAACCGAUGAAUACCUUUUAUCUGCGACUGUUAGAGAUGUCAAUGAUUUUUUUGAACAAGAAAAGAAUUUCCUUAUAGAUUAUUAUGGACAUUUAAAAGAUGCAACCAUAAAAUCUGACAAAAUGGUUAACAAGCACAAAGGUUUGUGAUUUGUUUUACUUUGAAAUUCUUGACAUUUUUUUUUAAUUUUUAGGAUUAGGGACUUCUAGCACUUUCAUAUUUUUUUUGAAAGAUUGAAAAAAUAGCAGUCAAAUAUAAAUACUGUUCGUGAUGUAAGGAAUAUUAAUUGUAGAUUCUAUUUUGCAUAAUUUAAUAUUGUUUUGGUAUAAAUCUAGUUUACGACUCCAGCUAGUUUUUAUAUUAUUUUUUUUUCAAAAUUUGUGUUUUUGUCUGUACACUAAGAAUCUAAAAAAAAAGUCUGACCAACUUAAUCGAAAAUAAGUACCUUAAUUUAUUAUGGAAACCACCUCGGGUAGUAUUUUAUUUCGUGUGAAAUUUUUCAAUGAGCCACCGCGUCGGGUUUUCGAAAAUGUCUUUCAUGAUUUUUCGUGCAAGUUUUAUUCACCGAUUGUAAAUGGUGAUUGUGAUACCACGACAUAGGUUAAUGGGGAUACUACGUUAAUACGUGAUGGCAAAAAUUGUUGCUAUGCUAUCAAUAAUAAUCAUUAGUGAACGGAUUUAUAUUGAGCAGUAUGCACUUAUGAACAGCAAAAAAGCGCUUAAAUCGUUAAAAAAGUAAAAGCGGUAGAGUGGUUCUGCUUCGGAGGACUUUUAAGCCCCGUCUAGCUUUAUUGAUCUGUUAAUAUAUUUUNCCGUUGCCCAAUGGCCAUAAUGUGUAGUCCCCGUGAGCCGUUUUACACACGAACGAUUCACGUUAAUAUUUAUUGUUUUAAAUGCGGUUCUUCUGGAUUUUUUUUUAAUUAAUUGUUUAUCAGGCACUCUAUUACUUAGGUACGUAAACGUAAGCUCCGCGCCCCCGAAAUAUUAGCGAAAUUACGACGUUUAUUUGGAAGUUAUGGAGGAAAACUUCAUGAAGUUUAGGUUUUUCAAUUCGCGUAUUUCUUAGUUAGAAUUUAACAUUUUAAUUUUUUUUUUAAAUGUGUGUUUUUUAAUGCUUAAUCUAUUGAUAUAAUCAAACCUUACCUAUCAUAAUUACUUUUAUAGUUAUUUUACAUAAACCUACCCACCUAUAAUAGGUUUUCACUUUACAUUGUUACCUACUUGUCCUAGUUUUGAAUAACAAAUCGAGGGUUAUUUUUGAUUAAAAUUGUCCGAGUGGGCGCAGCCAAACACGGCAUGUUUGAUCAUUUGUAACUAUAAAUCUAAGUCAGAUAGACUUAUUUUGACUUCAAUAAAAAAAAAAAAAUGUACAUUUUUUACGACAUUUUUAAUUAAUUACCAAAAUGCUAUUUUUCAAAUUUUAUGCACAAUAGCCAUAAAAGUAAAUCUGAUUGAUAAGAUUUGAUUAUACCAAUGGAUUAAGCAUUUAAAAACACAUUUUAUAAAAAAAAAAUUUUUUAAUUUUAAAUUCUAACUAAGAAAUACGCGAAACAGAAAACUCGAACUUUAUGAAGUUUUCCUCCUUAAAUUCUAAACGAAGUUUGUCUUACUUUUUUUUAGAUUCUCCUAAUGUACAUAUAAAAACACACAUUUUGAAAAAAAAAUUGAAAACUGAGCUUGGGUAGUAAACAAGAUUUGUUCUCAUAUUUUGCUAGUUAAAGUUUAUUUUGGAAUUAUAUUGCUUUGUAGAGCAUAUUUUAGCAUAAUUUAGUUUAUAAGUAGGGGUUUUAUGGGUACAUUAUUUAAUAAAAAAUAGGAUAAUAAUUUAUUUAAAUGCUGGGAAUAUGAUAUUGGGUACCAGAUUAAGACUCCAUGGCCAGGAACAUCCUAAGCGCUAUGAAAUAUCAUAUAUAUUAAAUUUCUCAGUCUGUAAGGCUCAAUUCAUAUGUAUUAUAUACAUGUGUUUUUUGAUUUACAUUGUUCAAAUUUAUACUCACAGAUGCGCUAUAGCAUAGUCUACAUCAUAAAAUAGUUAGUUUUUGAUAUUUCCCUUAAUAAAGUGACUAAGAAAAUUUUUUAUUAUAUUUGUAAUUUUGUAGAGCAUACUUAAAUGUAUAUUUGGAUUUUUUUUUUAAAACAUAUUUGCAUGUUUUUUAGAACUAGAAGUCUCUAAGUCAGUGGCGGUUUUAGGAGAGAGGUCCAGGAGGUCUGGACCUUCCCUAGACAUUGAUAUAAUUUCAAUAAAUGUCAUCUAAAAAAGAGGCAUCACUAACAGAUACCUUUUAAAUACAUUUUAUGAUUUUGGACCCCUCCCAAAAAAAUGUUGAAAAUCUGCUAUUGCCCUGAGCCUAGUUGUAACAGCCUAGUUAUUUUUAGACUAUAUAUUAAUGCAUGAGAUAAUAAUGUAUAGUAAUGUUGAGAAUUUAAAUAAAGGUAUUAAGUAUUUGAUUUGCUAUAACAUGAAAUUAGGUAUUUUUAUAGGAUUAAAUUGUAUCUUUUUGUUUAUAAACUAAAGUUAGACAUGAAUUUAUGCUGUAUUAAUUAUUACCAAUUAUUUUAAAAUUGCUGAAUCAUAAACUUCCAACAGAUUCACUGAAAUUUAAUUAUUAAAAUAAAUCAGAGUGAUUGAGAAUAUGUCAGUCUUCUUUCUGAUCUCGGGGUCCAGAUUAAUUUGCUCUUUUUACUGAACCUAAUAAAUGGUCAUAUUGAUUCCUCUCAAUUACUGUCUCAGAUUAAUUGUUGUGUGCCACUGCAUACUAAUAUUACUACUACUUAUUUUUACAUUCUUAAUUGCAACACCAACUAUGCAGGAUUUAGUCCACUUUUCAAACUAAUGAGUCUUGGUUAUAAGAUCCCCUCCAUUUUAAGUUAUUUUUAAUAUUUUAUUGUACUUGUGUAUUCUUCUUAAUUGUUUGUAAAAUAUUUUUGUGGUUAUUGUACCUAUAAUAUUAAUAUUCCUUUUGGACCAACUACUACACUUUUGUUCCUCCUGUUAAUUAUAAAUUAAUUAACUAAUUCAGAAAUUGAAUUCCUUAUUUACAAUAAACUAUUGCCUAUAAUUUUAGAUUAAUCAAAUUCUUUACUGGUGUUUAUGAAAGAAAAUCUUAAAUUUUUCUUAUGGCUUUUAUCUCUGAUAAUAGAUUAUGGUUUUGUUAUUAAAGUAAUAAUUUAAUCGACUUUUGGAAUAAAUCUAGCUUUAAAAUUGAUUCUGAUCAAUUAUUUUAAAAUUAAUUACAAAUAUUUUAAUUAUACUAAACAGAUGUCUCUGACAGUUAUAUAAAAAUAUCAUCAUGUUUAAUUCAAUUAUCAACAUUUGAUCACCGAGAACUGGACUGGUUCUUGAACAGAUUUUCUGAAACAUUGGAAAAACUUCGGGUAAAUUUUAUAAUUUAUUUUUACUAUAGCUAACAUCAAAUGUUAUUAAAUAUUAUAAAUUAAUAAAAAAAAGUAUCUAAUGUAUAUUUAUUCAUUAGUUAAUGCCAUUAUUUUUUAGAAAGUGGAAGGCAGAAUAGCAUCUGAUGUAGACCUUAAGCUUUCAGAUACAUUGCGCUACUAUGUAGGUGAUUCUUUCGCUGCUAAACGUUUAUUAUAUAGAAGAUUACGGUGUUUAGCAAACUAUGAAGCAGCAAAUCGAAAUCUUGAAAAAGCUAGGUCCAAAAAUAAAGAUGUUCACGCAGUGAGUAAUAUAUUUUUUGUAUGAAUGUAUGUUGUGGGUUUGUUUGAGAAAUUGGUCUGAGCAAAGUGCAUGGGUGUUUUUUGCUAAUAGACUAAUUUCUUGAAUUGCCUGACAUAUAUGUAUCAAUAUAAUUUAUUACACAUUUUUUUUAUUUCGUUAACUUGAUUAACAAGGCUCAAGAAGUUUAUGAUGUAAGUACUAUGAUGAUAUAAAAUAUUUGUUACAAUUUGUUAUGCGAAAUUACAUUUCUCUUAAUGAAAUAUAUUUAUAUAUUUUAUUUUUUUCUGAAUUAUAUGAUUGAGUCAAAUGUUUCAAAACAAAAUAAAUUAUCUGUACUUGAAAUCUUAUUGCAUUGUAAUUAUGUAGGUUUAAUAAAACACAUUUUUAUUUAUUUUCUGUGUUUUAAAUAUACAUUUUGUAUGUUUUAGGCCGAGACUGCUCAACAGUUAUCAUGUGAAAAAUUUGAAGUUAUGUCUGAUAAAGGAAAAGAAGGUUGAAAUUAUAUAAUUAUUUUUAUUAAUAAAACAAAUCUUUUACUGAGUUAGAAUAUUAUAUUUCAGAAUUAAUUGAUUUUAAAGCCAGAAGAGUUUCGACUUUCAAUAAAAAUUUAUUGGAACUAGCAGAAUGGGAGAUUAAACACGCACAAGUAAUUUCAAAAUUUAUAUAUUUUUUUUUUAACAAUUCAAAGUGUUACAUUUUGAUUUGAUGUUCAAAAUGUUAUAUUGUAUUUUCCAUAAGUAUUUAUUGUCAGUUUUAUUGGUUUUUAUUCAUUGUACUAUACUGUAUAGUAUAUCUGUAUUAUAAGAUUUAUUUUUAAUCAAAAUUUGAAUAUUUUUGUAACAUAAUAAUUUAAUAUUUAUAUUAAUAUAAUAUUUUAGUAAUGUUGUAUUAAAUCAAACCAUUGGCUAAUGGAUUUUCAAUUAAAAUUGCAAAACGUUUAUAAAUAAUUUUUAUUUAAAACAAUCUUUUUGCAGAUCUUAGUCGAUUUAUUUAAUAUUAUUUAUUAGCAUAAAUAUAAUUGUACACAAUAUUAUUUUUUAUUAUAAUAUUCAACUAUAUUGAUUUAAUUAAUAUAAUUUUUUAAAUUUUGUUUAGCAUCAGAUAGACAUUUUGAAAACUAGUCUUGAUAUGAUCAACAACGAAGAAACAAGAUCAUCUACUCUUAACGUGGAGGUAAUUUCAUAAUCAAUAUUAUGAUUUCAUUAAAUAAAUGUGUACUAUUUUCUAUUUGGAUUAGUUUGAUAAAAUCAUAUAAUAGUCCUGUCAUAACUUAGUACAAUUUAAACAACCUAAUCACGUUAUCUAUAUGUAACCAAUUUGUAUUACCUACUUUACUCAAAUAUUUAUUGAAACUAAAUAAUAUAUAUUUAAAUUUUGAAAAUUAUAUAAAAAUAAUUUUAUUCAUAGUUUAUACAUUAUUUAAAUAUUUAUGGUUAUAUUUUUUAUUUAUACUAGACAAUUUAUUGAUUCCUUAAAGUGAUAUUAUUAUUUACUAUUAUACACAUUUAUUAUCUUUAAAUGUUUUUGGAAAUAAUUUUCAUAAACAAACUCAAGUUAUUUAUAAAUUGUUUAUCUAUUUUAUGUUAAUUGUUACUAUUGAUUAUUAACACAUUCAACACUAUGAAGUAUUAGGGUAUGUAUGUCCUUAGAUGUCCUAGUUGUGGCUCAAAUAUUUGUCCAUCAUAGCAUCAAGGAUAGCAAUAAUACUAUUGUACUGUUGAAUGUGUUAAAGAAAAAAGAAAAAGUUGUUUUUAUUAUAAUCAUAUCACAUUAGAAGCAAAUUUUAUUUUUAUCAUUCAAAGUUAUAGGCAAGAUUAUUAAGUUAUAAAUUGUAUAGCAUUAAUCUAGCUAAUACAAUAUUACAAUCAACAGUUAUGUACUUACAAUAUGUAUACAUUUUUUUCAAUAUUAUUGUUGAUAAUAAAAUAUUUUAUAAAUUUUUUAAACAUAAAAUACUUAGUUAAUUAAAUUGCCUUUCUAUUAGGCAAAAUAACUAAUUUCUGCAUAAAAUAUAGGUACCUAUAUAUAGAUAAUAUAUUUAUGCAUAUUUUGGGUUCUUCAUUGUUCAUCUUUUGUUUUGUUCUUGUUUGCAUACAUUUAGUCGGCACGAAGUAAUCAUGGAAAUAAUAAUAAUUGUUUUAAUUUGUACAUGUCAAUGAAUUUAAGUAAUCUAUCUGUAAGUUUCAAUUAAAUGAAACAUAUUGGCACUAUGUAAUUAAAAUAUGUUUAAUCAAUGUAGUCAUUUAUUCUUCAUUUUUGUUUGUUUGUUUUUUUUUUUUUUUUUUUUUUUGUAAAUCUACAAAUAAUUUAAUUUAAAACUACCAUUGAUUUUAUAAUAUUUAGAAAUCAAUGAAAAUAACUACGUAAUAAAAUAUAGAUGAACAUUUUUAAAUUUAAA